AUGGAUUCUAAUCGAUUCAAUCCAGCCGGCCUCUCCUCCUCCUCCCUCCUCUCGAUCGUCGCUGCUCCAGGCGGAACAGGAGCUCCACCGGCCCAAGGUGCUCCCGCUGCUCCCCCCUUCCCGAGGCCUCCCGCCUCGGCCGCCGGCUGCCGGUGCUGCCCACACCCCUCCCGCUCGGCCCUCUGCUGCAAGGGACUGAUUGAUGAUAUUGAUUCAUUGCGUCCAUAUGGUGUGAUUUCGCAGGUAUUUAACCCUGCAUCACAAGGAGAAAGAACAACAAUUUCUACCUGUUCAUGCCGCUGUUCAACGCCCUCGGAGGGACCAUCAACGCUAAGUCCUUGGAGCUUCAGAAGGAGGUCGAUCAAGGGAGUAAGAGAAUCAGUAAGCAGAUUAGGAGAACGGGUGCUUGCAGCAUUGAACGACCGUGUGCUUGCAACAUUGAACGACCGGGUGCUGGACUUCGUGUUCCUGGCGCACGUCGUGGACGUGGUGUUGUCGAUGCAAGUGCCCUUCGCGUCCCGGUCCUGCAGCUCGCUGCCGUUCGCGACCCGCUUCGUGCUGCCGCCGCUCUGGCCCGUCGCCUUCGCCUUCAUGCUCCUCCAGUGGUUCUGCUCCAAGACCUUCACCGUCAGCUUCUACUUCCUCUGCAGCCGGCUCCACCAGACAUGGAGCGUCCCUAGAUACGGCUUCCAGGUCAGGGCCGCGCGGGAGGGGAGGGGGCAGCACCAGCAGCCGGCGGCUGAGGGCCGCGCGGGAGGUCUCGGGGAGGGGAGCAGCGGGAGCACCUUGGACCGGUGGAUGGUGGAGCCCUUGUUCUGCCUGGAGCAGCGACGACCGAGAGAGAGCGCGCCAUGAACAGAAGAGAGGAGCACGGGAGAUGAGGAGAGGGCCGGCUGGAUCGAUUCGAUCGAGUCAGGGGCAAAACAGGCAAUUCAGAUGUUCUGAAACGAAAAGGAAAGUCCUGAAAUCAAGAAAAGGGGAGAAAAUCCGUUGGAUUAAAACAAGUCGCAUGCGAAGAGUAUUUUGAAAGGAUCACCAAUUGGAUGUUAAAAGAAAUAAGACGCGCGAAUUUGAUGUUAAAUAUCGAAAUUUCUCGUUU